AUGCUACGUCCAACAACCCAUCAAAAAAAAGCAAAGAAGGCUUAUAAAGCGAAAGCGCAUAAGUAUAAUACCAAUGCCAAUAACUCUGAAGCAGAAAACUCUGAUAAUACUGAUAAUAUUUCUGUUUAUGAUGAGGCGGUUGAGAAUGAUAAUGCUGCAAGCAUUAUAAAACAACUUCAAGCAGCAGUCAAACAAUAUGAUCAUUAUAGUAAUAACACUGAACUAGAAGAUGAUGAUAAUGACAGCAAUCUUUCUGCUUAUAAUGAGCCAAUUGAAAAUGAUAAUGCUGAAAAUAUCGUAAAAAAACUUCAAGAUGCACAACAGCAUGAAGCAGCAAAAGGAACCCCUCCACUGCAUACCUUUUGGAACCAAGAAAAAUCUCAUCAAGAAGCUGGUGAAGUAGAAUCAUAUGAUAAACAGUUGGAAGACAAAGUCAAUGAGGAAGAUGCUGGGAGACUUUCAGAAGAUGAAAUUGAGAUCUGUAAUUGGCGUAAAAAAAUUACAGCUGCUCUUGAAAAUUUAACGUUAGAUAUCAAAAAAGAAAAUGUAAACA